AUGGCAGAGAUCCAACUUCCUCCGCCGCUUCCACGGCCGUUUACCUACUGUGACCCCGCGAGUGUACCUGUCUUGCUUGCCCAAGGCGCAGAAGCCCGACUAUAUAAAACUCAUUUUUUGCAUCCUUCUAUCCCUGCAGCAUUAAAAGUGCGCCCAUUGAAGCCAUAUCGUCACCCGAUACUCGACCGCCGGUUAACUCGCCAGCGAAUUUUACAGGAAGCGAGAUGCAUGACCAAACUGGCUAGAGAAGGAGCCCCAGUACCUGGCAUUUUGGCAGCGGACUGGGGGAACAAUCCCGAACCAGACAAUGAAAGUAAAGAAGGGAAUAGUGCAAGUAAUGGUGGCUGGCUGCUUAUGGAAUGGAUUGAUGGGGAUGUAGUCAGACAAGUCGUGGACAGCUGGGAGAAAUGGAUAAAGUCCAGCAGCGCGCUAGACGAGCGAGGAACGGCUGACACGGAUAUUAGCGUAUGUGCUGAGGCUGUGAAGGAAAGUGAAAAAAAGAUAUGCACUCUUCUCCGAAAGAUCGGAAGUGCCGUCGGGCUGCUGCAUAAGACUGGAAUCAUACAUGGCGAUUUGACGACGAGUAAUCUCAUGUUACGGCCACCAGCUAGCGGCGUGUCAGCUGAGACAGCUCCUCGCGAAACGGAUACCAAGAAUCUAGAACCAGGGAACGAAUUGCCCUCCUUGGAUGGAGAGAUAGUUCUCAUUGACUUUGGGCUUGCCAGCCAGAGCGUCCAAGACGAAGAUAGAGCCGUGGAUUUGUACGUUCUGGAGCGAGCGUUUGCCAGUUCCCACCCCAGAACCGAGAGGUUAUUCCAAGAAGUCCUUGAGGGAUAUGGAGAGAGCUUCAAAGGCGCCAAAUCUGUCUUGAAAAGACUGGAGGAAGUGCGGCUAAGAGGACGAAAGAGGAGCAUGAUCGGAUAA